CAGGCCGUGCCAACGCCGCCGCGCGUCCUUCAAACGUUCCCUAUCGAUUCUCGUGAGCCGUAUAUUACAUCGCGACUCGCGCGGAGGCAUGCUAGUCGACGCUAUCACGUCGGUAUCAUCGCUAGUGCCGGUGCGGAUCGCGGAUCACCGUCUAAUCGGAUAGCGAGGAACCUGUGCAAAAAACGGGAAUGAGUCCACGAAGGUUAUUUACGCGACAAGUUUGAUAUCUAACAUAGGAUAUAUAUCUAACGAACCUCACGUAUACGCGUGUGGGUUGUAUGUGUGCGCAAUAUUAUCCAUUUCAUUUCCGAGAUGCAGAAAGUGCAAAAAGUGUGUGCAACUGCAAGCGUGAGCGGAUCUGCAGGGGCAGCGCCGACGACGGGGCGAGAUCGGGAAAGCGGCGAGUCGUACCUCACGGAUCGAGCGCACGCGAGCGGGCCUCCUAUUUUCGAAAUGUCAACGGACGACGACGGUGGAACAUGCUGCAAUUCGCGGCAGAACGGCAUCGUUCAGCCGCUGCUCACAGACUUGUAUCAAAUCACUAUGGCUUACGCCUAUUGGAAGAGUGGCAAAAUGAAUGAUCACGCUGUAUUUGAUUUAUUCUUCCGCAAGAAUCCUUUUCAGGGAGAAUUCACGAUUUUCGCCGGGCUUGAGGAGUGCAUAAAAUUCUUGAAUAAAUUUCAUUAUUCUCCUAGUGAUAUCAAGUACCUGAAGUCGACUAUGCCUGCUACAGUAGACCAAAGAUUCUUUGAUUAUCUACAAAGUCUCACUGCAAGAAAUGUUACAAUAUACGCUAUAGAUGAGGGAUCGGUUGUAUUUCCAAGAGUUCCUUUGAUAAGAGUGGAAGGACCAUUAAUAAUGGUACAGCUCUUAGAAACAACUCUGUUAACAUUGGUCAACUAUGCAAGUCUAAUGGCGACCAACGCGGCAAGAUAUCGCAUGGUAGCUGGGAAAAACAUAACGUUACUUGAAUUUGGUCUUCGAAGAGCACAAGGACCUGAUGGAGGAUUGAGUGCAUCUAAAUACAGCUAUGUUGGUGGAUUUGAUGGGACUAGUAAUGUCUUGGCUGGAAAGCUGUUCAAUAUACCUGUAUGUGGCACACAUGCACAUGCAUAUAUUACGUCUUUCACCAGCAUCAGCGAUCUGCAAGGGAAAACAUUGGCGCAUAAGCAAACGGGUGACAUUUUAGAUGUAUUAGAACUCGCUUGUAAGCAUCGCGAGGCUAUUGCCGACGAUUUGGGAGCUUUAGCUUCGCAGGCAUCUGAUGGAGAAUUAGCGGCUUUGAUUAGUUAUGCCGUCGCUUUCCCGGAAAGAUUCACUGCUCUUGUGGACACGUACGAUGUUAAGAGCAUUGAGACAUCGGCCAAGGGGCAGGCACAAGUGGCCAGCCUAAAUGUAAAGAAUAAACUUCUAACUAAUGGGUCCAAUACACACGCCCAAAACUGUGUGAGAAACAACCCAUUUAAAUCAGAACCAACUUCGCAACUUCACAAGAAUGGCUUUUUAAGACGAGGCGAAUUGGGUGAACUCUAUAUGAGGAGCGGUUUGUUAAACUUCUGCGCGGUAGCGUUAGCUUUGAACGACUUGGGAUACAGAGCUGUCGGUAUCAGGAUUGACAGUGGUGAUUUAGCGUAUCUUAGUAAUGUGGCGAGAGAUAUUUUCGAGAAAAUCGCCAUCAAGUACGACAUACCAUGGUUUGCAAAAUUGAUGAUUUGCGCGUCCAACGAUAUCAACGAGGAGACUAUAAUAAGUUUGAACGAGCAGAGCCACAAAAUUGAUUGUUUUGGGAUUGGAACGCAUCUCGUAACAUGCCAAAGACAACCGGCUCUGGGAUGUGUUUACAAAAUGGUAGAAAUUAAUAAUGAGCCGAGAAUCAAGCUGAGUCAAGAAGUUGGAAAGGUCACAAUACCAGGCAGAAAAGAUGCUUAUAGACUGUACGGGUCGGAUGGCUAUGCAUUGAUAGAUCUUUUGCAGAUAACAACGGAAGAUCCACCGCAAGUAAUGCAGAAGGUUCUCUGUAGACAUCCGUUUCAGCAAACAAAAAGGGCUAAUGUUACACCAUCCCGAGUGGAGUCUCUGCACAAGAUAUACUGGAAAGAUGGCAAAUUGUAUCAACCAUUACCUACUUUGCAAGAGGUUCGCAAUAGAGUGCAAGAAUCUCUCAAUACAUUGCGUAACGAUCAUAAAAGAAACUUGAAUCCAACACCAUAUAAGGUAGCUGUCAGUGAUACUUUAUAUAGAUUUAUAGACGAAUUGUGGUCUCAAAAUGCGCCGAUUGGAGAAUUACGGUGAAGCAUACUACUCUUAUACAAGAGUAUCGUUAAACUAGUCUCUAGCAAUUAUAAAUACAGAGUAAUAACAGAAUCAGGAAUCACAAAAUUGCUAAGAAAAUACAUAAUAAGUCUUCUUUUCUCCAAAAACAAUGUAAGAGUAACAUACCGUUGUAAUCGAGCAUACAUGUAUGCAUCAUAAACGUGAUUAUAUCGUGGAAUGUAAUCACAAGAGAGAAAGAGCGAGGAUCCUAAAGAUCAUAUUUUUUACAUUUUCCAUUGUUGAAAAUAUCGAAUUAUAUUAUCAUCAUCGCAACAGUAUAUUUUGGUAAAUCUUGCGCAAAUCGUAUUAUAAUAUAUUUGUAUAGUUUUACACGAUUUAUAUAGAGCGAGAUGUUCCGUUACAGAAGUCUAUUUACGAGCAGUAGCUUCGUGACGCACACACAUACACGUAUUCUUAUUCCUAUU